AAAAUAGCAAAUUUCUCGGCUUCCGCCACACCCGCUCCAGGUCCCCUCCCCCAAACUGAAACGAAGUUGCGGCGGUCGCGACUGAGUGCAGAGAUGCUGCAGUUCCCGGCGCUGAUGCGGCAGUGGCCAUCGCCGGCGCUGAUCCCGGCGUCCACGCUGCUCCCCGUGCCGGCCACCUCCCAGGAGGACGAGCUUCUCCUCUCCAUGGCCGAGUCCGACCUCGAGGAUAAGCUGAACGAGAUCCGGAAGACCAACAGCCACCUGGUUAUCAUCGGGAAGCCCACGGGCGACACCAAGGAGGAGUACGACGCUGAGGUGGAGGACGACGAUGCAGACAACGUCGAGGAGUCUGACGGCGACGACUUCGACCAGGAGACCGGUUGACCCAGGUGGCUCCCCCGUGCUUCGUCGGCGUCCUUGAGCGUCGUCAUCCCCGCUGUCCAGUCUGUAUUUCGCAAUCCCUGAGUUGCUCCUUCUAUCUAGAUACGCUGUUACCCUAUUUUGCUGCUGUCUGUUCUCAGGAUCUGAGCAUGUCCUUGUCGUGUGGACCUUGUGUAUGAAACAAGUACAUGAUUAAUCGGUCCAAUUUAAAUGCUAUAUUAGUUUCCUCUAUUUGUGCCA